CAUCAGAGGUGCAGGAUACCUUGAGAAAAUGGCUGAGUUCCUGAGGCUGCCUAACUCCCUGGCGCUGAUCCGUCUCUGCAACCCACCGGUCAACGCUGUCAGCCCAGCAGUCCUCAGGGGGAUAAGAGAUGGACUCCAGAAAGCCGGGUCAGACUACACGAUUAAAGCCGUCGUGAUCUGUGGAGCAAACGGAAACUUCUGUGCAGGUGCCGACAUCCACAGCUUCAGCAAUCCCCCUGGAGCCUCCUCUAGCCUCAGACUGGGAGAUGUGGUGGACGAAAUACAGAGAUACACGAAGCCGGUGGUGGCUGCUAUAGAAGGUGUGGCUCUUGGAGGAGGACUAGAGCUGGCCUUGGGCUGUCACUAUCGGGUCGCCAAUGCUCGGGCUCAUGUUGGCUUUCCAGAAGUCACACUGGGAAUUCUUCCUGGUGCCAGAGGAACCCAGCUCUUCCCCAGACUCGUCGGAGUUCCUGUUGCUCUCGACUUGAUUACCUCAGGAAGACAUGUUUUAGCAGGCGAAGCACUCAAGCUCGGCAUUCUGGAUGCAGUUGUGAAGUCAGACCCAGUUGAAGAAGCCGUCAAGUUUGCUCAGAAGAUUAUGGAUAAACCUAUAGAACCUCGCAGAAUCUUGAACAAGCCAGUUCCAAGCUUGCCCAAUAUGGACGGCAUUUUCGCCGACGCCAUCGCCAAGGUACGAAAGCAGUUCCCUGGCCGCCUGGCUCCAGAGACCUGUGUCCGUUCAGUCCAGGCCUCCGUGAAGCACCCCUAUGAAGUAGGCAUUAAGGAAGAAGAAAAGCUGUUUAUGUACCUGCGGGCAUCAGGACAGGCGCAAGCUCUGCAGUAUGCCUUUUUUGCUGAAAAGUCUACAAAUAAGUGGUCAACUCCCUCGGGAGCAUCUUGGAAAACAGCGUCCGCUCAGCCAGUCUCCUCAGUUGGUGUUCUUGGCUUGGGAACAAUGGGCCGAGGCAUUGCCAUUUCUUUCUUAAGGGCUGGGAUCCCUGUGGUUGCUGUAGAGUCGGACCCGAAGCAGCUAGAUGUUGCAAAGAAGAUGAUAACGGCCAUCUUGGAAAAGGAAGCAUCCAAAAUGCGGCAGAGCGGCCAAGCUUCAGCAGAACCCAAACUCCGGUUCUCCUCAGCCACGAAGGAGCUUUCAGGGGUGGAUUUAGUGGUUGAAGCCGUGUUUGAAGAUAUGAGCCUGAAGAAGCAGGUGUUUGCGGAACUGUCGGCCCUGUGCAAGCCGGGGGCCUUUCUGUGCACCAAUACUUCAGCCCUGGAUGUGGAUGAGAUCGCGUCUGCCACGGACCGCCCUCAGCUGGUGAUCGGCACCCACUUCUUCUCACCAGCUCAUAUCAUGAAGUUGUUAGAGGUUAUUCCGGGCCGAUACUCUUCCCCUAAUACCAUCGCCACUGUUAUGAACUUAUCAAAAAAGAUCGGAAAGAUCGGAGUCGUUGUAGGCAACUGCCAUGGAUUUGUUGGGAAUCGAAUGCUGCUUCCCUAUUACAACCAGUCAUACUUCCUGUUAGAGGAAGGCAGCAAACCAGAGGAUGUAGAUGGGGUCUUGGAAGAGUUUGGUUUGAAAAUGGGACCCUUUAGAGUUUCGGACCUGGCAGGGCUAGAUGUGGGCUGGAAAAUUCGCAAGGGGCAAGGCCUAACUGGACCUUCAUUGCCACCAGGAACUCCUGCCCGGAAGCGGGGCAGUAACAGAUACUCCCCGCUUUCUGAUAUGCUCUGCGAAGCUGGGCGAUUUGGUCAGAAGACGGGGAAGGGUUGGUAUCAGUAUGACAAGCCAAUGGGUCGAAUUCACAAACCCGAUCCCUGGCUUUCCAAGCUCCUGUCACAGUACAGAGCCACCCAUCAUAUUGAGCAGCGCUCCAUUGGCAAGGAGGAGAUCCUGGAGCGUUGCGUGUACGCCCUUAUCAACGAGGGAUUCCGCAUCUUGGGGGAGGGGAUGGCUGCUAGCCCGGAGCACAUCGAUGUCAUCUACCUUCAUGGGUAUGGGUGGCCAAGGCACUUGGGUGGGCCCAUGUUCUAUGCUGCCUCGGUUGGGUUGCCCACAGUUCUAGAGAGAUUGCAGAAAUAUUACAAACAGAACCCCGAUAUCCCCCAGCUGGAGCCCAGCGACUACCUGCGGAAGCUGGCUGCCCAGGGAAACCCUCCUCUGAAAGAAUGGCAAAGCUUGGCAGGACCCCCCGUCAGUAAACUGUGAUGUACCCUUCUGCAUUUUUGCCACCUAUGUUGGCAUCUAAUUUCGGUGUGAUUUGCUUCUAAAAUCCAAAAGGAUUACUCCGAGGUACAAAUGAUGAUAAUAAUAAUGAUAACGGCCCAGCAAAAGUUCCUUUCUAUGGCUUUCUACCUCAUGAUUCUAUUGGUCAGAUUUUAGGAAUGUUUUCUAUACCUCUAAUUGCCUUCUAUCAGAAAAAUCCAUUGACUAGGUACUUACUAUUAAAAGAGUGCUUCUCUUUUGACUUGUUGUCUUGUAUAACAAAAACUUGUACAAAAUGUUGACAGUAGAAUUAUUCAACAUAACCCCCAAUUGACAGCCCAGAUGUGCCUUAACAAAUCAACAAAAGUGGCAUAUACACACAGCUGACAAUUUUCAGGCAUGUGAAGUAACAGAUGUAUGUUAUAGCGUGAUGCCGAGUUAGGGCACUUGCGAGAGGAGCCAGGUAGAAAAGGUCACACGUCAUUGGAUAUGGAUAUGAAAUUCCAGAAUGUACAGACCUGUGGACAGACAGUAGAUGAGUGGCCCAAGACUGUACUUGUCAGAAGUGGAAAUCAAUGCUGAUGGAUAUAGAAUCUCUUUGGGAGAUGAUCGAUUUUUCUACAUUGCUCUAGUGGUGGAUCUGUAGUGCCACAAAUAUAUCAAAGCACAGAGUUGAACGGUUCAAAUGAACUAUGCUGUACAUAUAUUCUAUAUCUCAAUGAAGUUAA